UCGUCGUUAUUUCGAGUGAGCGCUGAAGGAGAGAGGAGAGCGAGCUACCGUCCUCGUGCGGAUUUCACCAAACACAAGGCGCAGGGAGGACUUUGCAAUUUAAACCGUGCGUAUUUGUAAAUAUUUUGUCAGGUUUACACACAGAAAAAGAGAGAGAAAAAAGAAGUGCCUGGAGAGAGAGAGGGGGGGAGGAAUUACCAAAACGCAACACGUAUCCGGUGGGAUCCACUCCUGAGAGAGAGAAGCGGCCGGAGUUGGAGCGAAGGGUGCAAGGAAAGCGAGAGGGAGAAGAAGAAGAAGCAGAGGGGAAACAUUUGACAUUUCACUCGCAACAACGCGUUUUAAUUCACAAAGAGGAAUAAUGAGGAACGUUUGGAUAAUUUUCACUCUCGGGCUGACCGUCUUCCUCUCCGGGGAAAGGAUAGCAGACGCAGCCAAGACUUCCUCUCAGGCUGACGACUUGUACCUGGAUGACACAGGCUCAGGAGGCUACUACCCUGAAGACGAUGAUGACUUUAACUCAGGGUCUGGCUCAGGUGUAGGUGAAGAAGUGGUGCUGGAAACAGUGACUGUCAGUAUGGUUUAUAUCGAGCCCAAUGCAGCAGAACCCACCCAGGACUCCACCAAAGAUUUCACCCCCAGGGUGGAGAUUGCCACAGUCAAAGAAAGGGACAGAGACAUCACACCCAGGAAACCAUUCAGAACAGAGGUCCCAGUGCCAGUCACAGAGGACAUGCAGAGGAACCAGAUGACUAGUACAACGAGCACCCCCGGGUCCCCCAAGGAGCCCGUCGAGGUCCGCACUGAAAACCUUUUCCAGAGGACUGAGGUGUUGGCAGCUGUUAUUGCCGGCGGCGUGAUCGGCUUCCUGUUCGCCAUCUUCCUCAUCCUCCUCCUGGUCUACCGCAUGAGGAAGAAGGACGAGGGCAGCUACGAUCUGGGAGAGAGGAAACCCUCCGGCGCCGCCUACCAGAAGGCCCCCACCAAGGAGUUUUAUGCAUAAAACCAUCCCGUCAUCAGAUCAGCGAAACCGCGAGUGACUGGCAACAACAGUCAACAGCAAACCUGUUCACACAAACAACAAGAAAAUGUUUUUGAUUUGAUUUAAGGAUAAUAGCAUAAAGGAAAGCUUUUGCAUAGAGUAUUGUAAUUAAGACCUUUUCUUUCUUCUUUAAAAAAAAAUGAAAACCAAGCAUUUCUCAUUUUAUGGCAAAUCUCAGUGUAUUUAAACAUUUUGUGUAUUAUUUGAAAAGGCUGAAAAAUGACAAAAAAAUCAGGAUCUGUAAAGGCGAGGAAACGUAUCGCAUCUGUCUUCUGUCAAAGGAGCGGUUUCUACUCGCUGACUACUUUUAACUGUAGCAGUAUGUUAUUUGUAAAGAAAAAAUGUAAACGUGGAAAUACUAGAAUUGAAUUAUUCUGUCAAUCCAACUUUCUUUUUCUUUUGUCCUAGCAUGUCUGUUGUUGAUCUCUAAAGGUGUAUUACAUUAAUUUAUCUUUUCUCUGAUGUUAAAAAAAUGCCUUUGUAGUUUUGAUGAAGCUCUUUGGUCUUCAUAUUAAUGCUGUUAACGGUCAAUGUAAAUGUCCUCCCUUCAGGUUACAAUGUUUAUUAUUUGCUCUCACACCAGUUUUUAGUCCAACGUGACCGUUUCAUUAUGUCUUUUUGUUUGUUCUCUUUCUCUCAGUGUAGCCUUUUUUUCUCUUCUUUUUUUCAAACCAGGAACAAGAUAAAAAUAAGUGUGUCAAGGCGCGAGAAAAAUCACAACUCUCGCUUCUGUUUCAUGUCUCGCUCAACUUAAUUUCUAUUUAAAUGCAUUCUCUUUCUCAUUGCCCAUUCACUGCUUUCUGCUUGGAGUGUAUGUGGAGUGUUUUGGGGUGACGUUUUCUUUCUCUGUGGCUUGUGGUGUUUUUGGCCCAUAGCCGCUCCCCCCCUCCCCACCCGAUCUAUCGCUGGAGUUUAGUCCCUGCACCCAAACUAUGCUAGCACCCUAACAUCUCCUCUCCCUCUCUGUUUACCUUCAUCACCACCUUCUUUUUAAUCAGAUUGGAUCACGGCCAGUUGAGUUCUAAACCCCCGCCAUCCCCUCAACUCUGUUUUAGCCACCCGUGUAGCCUGGUGUUAUUGUCCCUGUCCCAGUGUUGAUGCUUUAGGCCCAGAGAUCUGCUCACUGGAGGCCUGCUACUGCUUGGACACAAACACACGGGGCAGGGGCCCAAUCCCCACAUGCAGAGCACAUACCUCUGCAGCAAACAACACACAACCCCCCCAGCGCAAGAAACCUAGUUUCUCUCACAGGGAUUGAUAAAUAAGGCUACACAGAAAAUGUAAGAGUCCAGUGUUACGUCUGAAUAGUCUUUGAAAAGACACUCACAUUGAGGGCUGUGUUUUUUUUUAGUGGUCCGUGCAGGCAUUUCAAAAGAGCUUCUGUUUGGAGUUUGUUUGCCAGGUUUAAAACCCUUAGUUUGAACGCAUAUAAGGCUACUGCAAAAUAGCCACGUAGCUACAUCACAUGGGUUAAGGUCACAUGACAACAAGUUACUGUCGUUUUUUUUAAUGUUACGUCUAAUUGAACUUGCUCUUAAGAGAUGCACGUGUGUUGUCGGGCAGGUUUGUGAAGUUGCCUUUUACAGCUGUACAGUUUUGUGAAGUAGAUGCUGUCACAUCGUCUAAACUCUUAACACCACACGAAGCUCUUCAUCUCUCUACAUCUCCCUCCCACUGUUCUUCUUCUCUUCUUUAAAUAUGUCUGUGAUCCUCUUGUCAUCCACUAUCCCGUCUCCCCAUUUGUUUCCAGCUCUUUUCAUAGCACCUAUGGUACUGAAUUAUACUGAAAACCCCAAAGACUCACAGUAUUUCUCCUCCCACCACCCCCUCAGACCCAGCCCCCCCCACCAUGGCCACAUCAUGUUGUUUCCUCUUUCUCUUUUUCUUCACUCUUUUAGUUGUUUUUCUCUCUAUUAGGAGACCUGACCUUUGAGUCUAAUUGCUUAUUAGUAUAUGAAAAGAUAUAUAAAUAUAUAUAAAUGUAUAUUCACAAAUGUUUUAAACCUUCAAAGUGCCUACCAUUUGGAAAUGUUCUUGCUCAAGGAGAGCACGAGGCGGGUGUGUACACAAAGGAGGGGUGUAAACGACUUGACUGGCAUUCUGUGAGCAUGGAUGACUGUAAUGGUAACUUUUUUUUAGUCUUACAAAAGCUGACAGUAUUGUACCUAUAAGUUGAAACAACACUACUGAAUAAACAUUGUGGCCUAAUA